AUGGCGACAGGCUCAGCACGUUACGUGCGAUACAUUCUUUUCGCCUUCUUCGGCCUAGCCGUCUUCUACUUCAUUUCCCACUCUAGCUACGAGGGCGUAAGGCUUCAGGAUGCCUCUUUCAGCAAGCCCGGCGCCCCAGCCGGCGGUCAGCAGCAGCAGCAAGGCGAGAACAAGGAGGCCGAGAAACCCAAGCAGCCCGCUCAAUCCGAAGCAAACCGCCCCAAGGUCGGCGAGGCUUACAACCCCAAGGACUGGCCCAUGGCCAUAUCUCCGAACGAGCCUGGUUGGGAUGAGCUCUCUGGCAUUGCAUCCGGCCCGCGCAUGAAUGCCACCUUCGUCACCCUCGCCCGCAACUCCGACAUCUGGGACAUUGCCCGCUCCAUCCGUCAGGUUGAGGACCGAUUCAAUCGCCGCUACAACUACGACUGGGUCUUCCUGAACGAUAAACCCUUUGACGCCACUUUCAAGAAGGUCACCACGUCCCUUGUUUCCGGCAAGACUCAUUACGGCGAAAUUCCAAAGGAGCACUGGUCUUUUCCCGAGCACAUUGAUCAGGAGAAGGCCCGCAAGGUUCGCGAGGACAUGGCCCAGCGCAAAAUCAUUUAUGGCGACUCUGUGAGCUACCGCCACAUGUGCCGCUUCGAGUCUGGUUUCUUCUUCCGCCAGCCUGCCAUGAUGAACUAUGACUACUACUGGCGUGUCGAGCCCUCCAUUGAGCUCUUCUGCGACAUUCACUACGAUCCGUUCCGCUUCAUGAAGGAGAAUAAUAAGAAGUACAGCUUCGUCCUGAGCUUGUACGAGUACGUUGAGACCAUCCCUACUCUUUGGGACAGCACCAAGAAGUUCAUCAAGAACCACCCCGAGCACAUUGCCGAGGGCAACUCUAUGGGCUUCCUGAGUGACGACGGUGGCGAUACCUACAACCACUGCCAUUUCUGGUCCAACUUCGAAGUUGGUGACCUCAACUGGCUCCGCUCCAAGGCUUACGUCGACUACUUCGAGUCCCUCGACCAGGAUGGUGGUUUCUUCUACGAGCGUUGGGGUGACGCCCCAGUGCAUUCCAUCGCUGCUAGUCUCAUGCUGCCGAAGGACCAAAUCCACUUCUUCAACGAUAUUGCAUAUUACCACGUCCCCUUCACUCACUGCCCCACUGGCGAGAAGGUUCGUCUCGAUAGGCGCUGCCACUGCAACCCCAAGGACAACUUUGACUGGAAGGGCUACUCUUGCACGAGCCGCUACUUCGAGAUCAACGGUUUGGACAAGCCCGAGGGUUACGAGAACCAGCAGGAUUAG